AUGGCACUGGAAACAGCGAAGCAAAAAAAGACACACACCAUUGGCGAAACCUUGAUAAAACCUUGUGCCCUCAAGAUGGUUGAAAUAUUGUUGGGUAAGGAGCAAGAGCGGAAACUGGCAGCUGUUCCUCUCAUAAACAGCACUGUUCAAAGACGAAUAAGUGACAUGGCUGACGACAUCAGGGAUCAAGUUGUUCAGCAGAUAAAAUCAUCAGCAUUUGGACUCUUCUCAAUUCAGCUGGACGAGUCUACUGAUGUCGCAUCAUGCUCCCAGCUGCUGGUGUUCGCCAGAUAUGUGGAUGUGGCUUCAUUUACAGAGGAGUUCCUCUUUUGCUCUACGUUAGAAACUACAACAAGAGCCUCAGAUGUCUUCGAAAAAGUGUCCUCAUUCUUCAAGUCAAAUGGCCUUUCAUGGAACAACGUCUGCGGUUGCUGUAUGGCCGGAGCGCCGGCUAUGCUUGGGUCGAAAUCGGGUUUUCAGGCUGCCGUGAAAAAGUGA